GGGCACAGGGUGCAGAGCACUCUCACAGCUCCUGCACACUGCUUUGCUCAGCACACAGUUUCCAGGGGCUCCAAUGGGAAAUACAGAGCUAUGGCACGUCAACACUUCUGCACUGUAAGAAAGGAACAAACUAAACGAUAACCCUUCAAACACAAAACUCAGGUGGCAUGAAACUAACAUGAAAAAGGAAAGAAAUAGAUGUUCAGAAGGAUCAAGGAGGAGCCCUGAAAUAUCGUGCCUUUAGCGUGCAAUGGAUUGUACAAAACUUGUGUUGUGAUCUGGAAAUCAACUGAAAACACACCUUCAGUGUUGUCAUGAGGACUGAAAUGCCUAGUGCCUUUCCAUUGAAGGAUGGGUUUGCUUUUGUCGAAAAUGGCUUCAGACUGCCCUAAAGUGGUCAAGAACUAGCUGGAGGACAAGGAUAUAGAACACAGUUAAAACAUACGGGAGGAUUAAGACAUUUAAGUGAAAACAUGGCCAAUUAACAGUUUGAAAAUGUAGCUGUAAAAAAGUAGUGACGCGACUCCGAUUCAAGCAAGCAAAGCGAUCCAGUAUGGAAAUGCACACAAACCCAAUGAUCCACAUUUACGUAAACGGCACAGCGUUGGAGCUGAACGGUUCUCAUGUCUGCAAUGAAACCACAUACCGCGGCUUGGCCGAGGACAGCGCGGAGACCUACCAGUUCUACGUGGUCAGUCUCUUCCUCUCGUGCUUGUACACCAUCUUCCUCUUCCCCAUCGGCUUCAUCGGCAACAUCCUGAUCCUGGUCGUGAACCUGACGCACCGGGACAAGAUGACCAUCCCGGAUCUCUACUUCAUCAACCUGGCUGCAGCAGACCUGAUCCUGGUGGCGGACUCCCUGAUCGAGGUCUUCAACCUCAACGAGAAAUACUACGACAUCGCCAUCCUCUGCACCUUCAUGUCCCUGUUCCUCCAGAUCAACAUGUACAGCAGCAUCUUCUUCCUGACCUGGAUGAGCUUCGACCGCUACAUGGCUCUGGCCAGCGGCAUGAAAACCGGGCCCUUCAGAACCAUGCAGCAGGCCCGGCUGAGCUGCGCGCUCAUCUGGAUGGCCUCCAUACUGGCGACCUUGAUGCCGUUCACCAUCGUGCAAGCCCAGCACACGGGGGAGGUCCACUUCUGCUUCGCCAACGUGGUGGAAAUCCAGUGGCUGGAGGUGACUCUGGGAUUCCUUGUGCCCUUUUCCAUCAUCGGGCUCUGCUACUCCUUGAUCGUGCGGAUCCUCAUGAGGGCUCAGAAGCACAGGGAGCUGUGGCCCAGGAGGCAGAAGGCGCUCCGCAUGAUAGUGGUGGUGGUCCUGGUGUUCUUCAUCUGCUGGCUUCCCGAAAACGUCUUCAUCAGCAUCCAGCUCCUCCAAAGGACGGGCGACCCCGCGCACCCAGACGACUGGACGCUGAUGCACAGCCACCCACUGGCCGGGCACAUUGUCAACCUGGCUGCCUUCUCCAACAGCUGCCUCAACCCAAUCAUUUACAGCUUCUUGGGGGAGACGUUCAGGGACAAACUGAGGCUGUUCAUUAACCAGAAAGCAAACUGGUCCGCACUGCAUCGCUUCUGUCACCACACCUUGGAUUUCCAGAUCCCUGUUCGGAACGAAGUUUCACAGGUUUGAAAAAUAAAUAAAUAAUUACGUGAGGCUUUUAGACCAAAGUGAGGAAGCCAAAAAAAUGCUAAAUGCUACAAGGAUACCUGUGUGCUACUCUGAAGAAUCCCAAGCAGCACUAUUGGCAGCAAUGGCAACAAACAAUGCAAUUCCCCAGCGGUCCUGACAGCACAGUACACUUGCACGGAUACUGUACCAAAGUACUGCCAUACAUUUAGCAGUAUGUAUUUGGUCUCAACCCACGUGGCACCAUUGGUAGGUAAAAACUUAUUAAACAAAAUACCACUGUGGUAAAAUUCUACCAAUAGCCCAUAACGUUUAGGCUGCCUUUGUGCAUUCAUUGCCACUUGGUACCGAACCACGGAAUUUCCUCAGUGUUGCUCCCAGAGACCAUUUUGCAAAGGAAGUUUUUCUUUUUUAGGAGUCAAUGCUGCUGGCAUUCACUGGGGCUGAAAACAAGCUAAGACUGCAUUGGCACAAUCCACAAAGUUAAUUGCAAGUAGUCUUAAUUUAGAACUCACCAAUUUCCCCCCGUAAUGGGAGCUUCUGCUUACAAAGUGCAACACAAAAGAAUGGCAAAGAGUAUACAAAACAUUCUGCGCAGACCGCCAAGUUGAAUAAGUCUGUUAUAUUGGCCAUUAAUAAUCGCCAAGAUAGGAUUUGAUGCAAGCAAAAUUGGCAUUCUGAACAGACAAUGAAAAAGAAGUCUGACAAAAUGCAGACUUUGUUUUUUCCGAUUUGUAUUAUUUUGCGAGUCAAUCCUUUUCCUUUCAAAGCAAAACAGAACAUGAAGUAUUUUUAUAAUAAAGGUACUAUUACACUAUUAAACCCUGGCCAUUGUAGUGGAGAACAUCAUGUAAAACCCUUUGCAGAAGAGAUGGCAAUUCACUGAAAUGAAAACCCUGGGGUGUAAGUUGCACUGCUUUCUGUGAAACAACAAUUUUGCCUAAUGAGCAAGAAACUGAGUUGAUCGAUUCUCAGACCUCAACAGUUGCCUUGAUGCGUUUGCCCAUUUGGCACUGAUUCACAAGACAUUAGAAUUGCUGCCUUCCACUCUCUGAAGCUUUUUUUAUUUCGUACAGGAAACGGAACACACUGGCCACACACCAGAAAUGUGAACAGACAACUGGAACUAACCCAUAAGUUUCAAUUCUAUGAGAGUACUCUCUGUGCGUUCUCAGAGCUAGUUUAAAGUCUGCGAGUCGCAUCCAGAUUUGCGCUGGAGAUGAAGAUGAAUCACAACAGAGACGUUGACGAAGCACAAAGGAAAGGAGCUGUCACAGCAAUUUCUUCAUGGAUAAACGCACAACCAUGAUCAAGUUCACCUCUGCGAGUGGCACGGAUGACAAGUUAUACUACAUGUUAUAUUAUUGCCUACAUAGGUUAAUAGUAAAGAAUGUAAAACGAUUAGCAAGCAGGAUCCAUUUCUGAUAAUUAUACAUGUAUAAUGUGUGUACAGUGCUUUGGAAGUGACACUGAAAACAAACACACUGUUGGAAAAGGUCUUUUUGCAAUAUA